UAAUAAUACUGCCUUAUGUUGCCUAACUUUCAUAUGCUCUCGCAAAUUAGCUCUCGUAGUUUUGAAUUAAACUACAUCAUUUGGUGCUGUCGUUGAGAGAACUAUUUAUGACGAUGAUGGUUGGAUCACACAGUCACAACCUUGUUGGCAGCAAUCAAGGUGGUGCUUGAAUGGAUCAGGUCGUGAUUGAGGACGAAUGGUCGUGCUCACGACGGAGCGAUUUAUGGAGGAGAAACGACAACGUGGUGAUUCAAGGAAAUUUAAGGAAUCGCCUACAAGGUGCUGGGAGCUCUAGGCGUCCUGCAACACGCCCACCACAGUUCCAUACACUGGCAACCGGAAAUCUCAUCCCGAGUGUGGAUCCGGCAAAAGCCUUGGCAUGUUUGGCAACGUUCUAGAGAGCUGUGGAAAUCUUGACCACUGUUUUUCAAGGAAUUGUUCCCAACGCAAACGAAAGACCUCCUUCCCUGCGCCCGGUUCCAUCUGUGCCCCAACAGGAGGAGGAGAUAUUUGUGCAGCGUCAGAGGAAUUCACCUCCGGCUAGGUCUCAGCGGUCCCAUCAUUCCGAGCAGACCCCGAGGGCUUCAGUGAUGGACCGGAUUGGAGGACAAAGAAUAUUUGUGCAUGACAGGCUCUCCUUCAGGGUGGAGCGAAGUGAUGAAGCGUCUUCCGUGGCCGUUCCGUCCCACCAUCACAAUGCGUGUGGGGGAGAUCUCAGAGACGAGAUCAACGAACAUCGGCAAGCCUGCGGAGAUCGCGUUUCCCCACCUCGUGUCCAGGCCGAUCAGGAUAAUAACGACCUCAGAAGGCGACUUGACGAGCUCAGAAGGGCGGUGGAUGGCCGGAUUAACUUCAAUCAUAAUGUGAGGAUUCCUGAGCCAUUCACCCGUCAGAUCAUGGAUGCCCUACUACCGCGGGGGUAUAAGCCUUGUAACAUUGAGGUCUACAGAGGAAAGACUUGUCCCCAACACCAUGUUUCUAGGUACAUGACUUACAUGGUGAUGAUGGAGUACAACGAUGUGAUCAGAUGCAGAUGAUUCUCAGUGACACUGGACGGGCCAGUGCAGGAAUGGUACAGAUCAAGUGAUCUUUAGUCUAAUACAGAAUAGUGGAGGUGACAUCAUCAAAAUCUUAACCAUCAAAUUGUAGGGGACCUAACAAAAGGAAUAUUUAGAUCAGACUUAUUAAUUCUAUUUUCAAGAAACCCAUACUUGUUUGAUUUGUGGAACAUGUUUUGAAUUGUUCCGGACAGGUGAGUGGUUAUUUUUAAUAUUUGUGAAAAUACUAUGGCACAUCCUUGUAGGUGAGAUGGAGUCAACACCAAGAUCAUAGACAGACCAUUCUAAUAUGGUGGCUCGGGUGAAGGGCAACAACUCAAAAGAUACUUUAAGACCGUUUAUGCCAGGCAUCAUUCUAUGGCACAUUUGGAAAAUUUAUAACGCAAGUAUAUUGGAUGAAGAAAAGUUAUCAAUAACAUAUACAAUCAAAUCCAUCAAGGAAUACACCAGAAAGUGGGUUUACACCGAUCAAAAGAAAAAAAGUUUCCAAUUUGAUGAAGAACUACACUAUUGACACUGUUGCAAUUGAUGCACAAGUGGGGCAAUAAAUACAACACACUGAAAUGGAAAAGAGUUGGGAAUCGAGACAUUAUGCUCAACACAACGCUGCCUUCCUCGGUCAGCGUGGAGCGAUCAUGAGAACUCCAGAUGCAGUUGGCAGAUCCAGAACUUUUCUGAAGCGUGGGUACUCCCGCAUAGAUGGAAAUGGGUUAGGUCGGGUCAAAUCAGGUGUAUCAUUAGUCUUUUUUGUCAAGUGCGUUUAGAUUUUUUAUUUUUAACUGGAAAUAGAUUAUUCAAUUAUGGCAACAUAUGUGGAUUAUAAGUCUAAUUUUGAACUUUUUAAGACAAUUCUAAACAAUAUAUAUAUGGCUUUUUGAAAGAAA